AUGGCCGACUUCUUGUUACCACCGGGUACUAACAGCUUCCACCGGUUCACGCCUGAAUCCUUGGCUGCUAUUGAGAAAAGAAUUGCAGAGAAGCUUGCAAGGAAUGCAAAGCAGGAAUACAGAGAGCAGCUGGGUGAAGAAGAGAAACCUCAGCCUCAGUUUGAUUUGCAAGCUUGCAAGAAGCUGCCUGAUAUCUAUGGGACUGUUUCUCCAGAGCUCAUCGGGGAGCCCUUGGAGGACCUUGACCCUUUCUACAAUGAUCGUAAGACAUUUAUAGUACUGAACAAAGGGAAGACAAUCUUUCGAUUUAGUGCCACUCCUGCCUUGUAUAUACUUAGUCCGUUCCAUCCAAUCAGAAGAGCAGCAAUUAAAAUUUUGGUACAUUCAUUGUUCAGUAUGUUUAUUAUGUGCACUAUUUUAACUAAUUGUGUGUUCAUGGCACAAUCAGAGACUCCGUCAUGGAAUAAAUAUGUUGAGUACACUUUCACUGGCAUUUACACUUUUGAGUCAUUGAUAAAAAUAUUGGCGAGAGGAUUUUGCAUGACAGAAUUCACUUUCCUUCGGGAUCCCUGGAACUGGCUGGAUUUCAGUGUUAUUGUUAUGGCAUACAUAACUGAAUUUGUGGACCUGGGCAAUGUCUCAGCCUUACGAACGUUCAGAGUACUGCGGGCGCUGAAAACAAUCUCAGUCAUUUCAGGACUGAAGACCAUUGUAGGGGCACUUAUCCAGUCUGUUAAGAAACUUGCUGAUGUGAUGAUCCUGACCGUUUUCUGCUUGAGUGUCUUUGCCCUCAUAGGCCUACAGCUCUUCAUGGGCAACUUGCGACACAAGUGUGUCAGGGACUACACCAAGUUUAACUCCACCAAUGGCACGUUGUACUUGGAUGGUAGGAUGUGGAACACCUCAGAGGAAUUUCUUAGUGAUCCAGUGAACUAUUUCAUAAAAAAUGGUACAGAAGAUGUGUUACUCUGCGGCAAUAGCACUGAUGCUGGCACGUGCCCUGAGGGAUAUAUAUGUCUGAAGGCCGGGGAAAAUCCUGACCAUGGUUACACAAGCUUUGAUACUUUUGGCUGGGCCUUUCUCUCUUUGUUCCGUCUUAUGACUCAAGAUUAUUGGGAACGUCUUUAUCAACAGACUCUCAGAUCUGCUGGGAAGAUCUACAUGCUUUUUUUUAUGCUGGUCAUCUUUCUGGGCUCAUUUUAUCUGGUCAACCUGAUUCUGGCUGUUGUGGCCAUGGCGUAUGAAGAGCAGAACCAAGCCACUAUUGCUGAAACAGAGGAGAAGGAAAGAAAGUUUCGGGAAGCCAUGGAGAUGUUAAAGAAAGAGCAGGAGGCAUUAGCUGCUAAAGGAAUUGAUUCAAUGUCACUUAGUUCAUUGGAAAUGUCACCUUUAGCGUCCAAAAAUGCCAAGGAAAGAAGAAACAGGCGAAAGAAGAAGAAAUCUUCGGGGGCAGAAGAGUAUGGGGAAGACCAAAGGAAUCCCAAGUGUGACUAUGAUGAUGGUCAGAGGAGAAUGACUCUCCUUGGCAUUAGUUAUGGUCCCAGUGCAAACUUGGUGAAGCGCAGAACCAGCCACGGAAGCAUAUUCAGUUUCCGACUCCGUGGCAGAGACACUGGCUCCGAGACAGAUUUUGCCGAUGAUGAGAUCAGCACUGCUGGGGAAAAUGAAAGCCACCGGGGCUCUCUCUUAAUUCCAAGAUCUGGGAGGCGUCUGAGCGUGCAAAGUCAAGUGAGCCAUAGUUCUCACCCUACUACUCCCAACUACACCCAGAUGGGCAAAAGGAACAGCUCAGUGGAUUGCAAUGGUGUGGUUUCCCUGAUAGGAGGAGGCACCGGGGCACUCAACCCAGACCCUACUUCUCCUGCAGGGUUACUGCUCCCCCCAGUUAUUAUGGAAAAACCUGGGACAGGCGACCUGACCUCUCCCUCGGACGAGGCAAGCAAGAAGCAGCUUUUAAUGCCCCACCGCCCGUCGGUGGACCACUCGGACGAACCCUUUCAGAGGCAGAGGGCAGUGAGCGCUGUCAGCAUCAUCACCAGUGCCCUGGAAGAGCUUGAGGAAUCACACCAGAAAUGUCCUCCCUGCUGGAACCACUUUGCUGUUAAAUUUCUCAUUUGGGAUUGCUGCCCGCUUUGGCUUUUAAUCAAGAAAUUUGUCAAGUUCGUCGUAAUGGACCCAUUUACCGACCUCACCAUCACCCUUUGCAUUGUGCUGAACACGCUCUUCAUGGCCUUGGAGCAUUAUAAGAUGACGAAGGAGUUUGACCACAUGCUUUACAUCGGUAAUUUGGUCUUCACUGGGAUUUUUACAGCAGAAAUGAUCUUCAAAGUAAUUGCCCUUGACCCCUACUACUAUUUUCAGCAGGGCUGGAACAUUUUUGACAGCAUAAUUGUCAUACUAAGCCUGAUGGAACUGGGUUUGUCCAGCAUGGGAAACCUGUCUGUUCUACGCUCCUUUCGACUGCUGCGAGUCUUCAAACUGGCGAAGUCCUGGCCGACCCUAAAUACGCUCAUUAAAAUCAUUGGUAAUUCAGUGGGUGCCCUCGGUAACCUCACUCUUGUGCUGGCAAUCAUAGUCUUUAUUUUUGCUGUGGUAGGAAUGCAGCUUUUUGGGAAAAGCUACAUGGACAAUGUGAAGAAGAUAAGUACAACUGGCAAUUUGCCACGGUGGCACAUGAAUGAUUUUUUCCACUCGUUCCUCAUCAUCUUCCGAAUUUUGUGUGGGGAGUGGAUCGAGACCAUGUGGGACUGCAUGGAAGUAGCUGGGCAGCCACUGUGCCUUCUUGUCUUCUUGUUGGUCAUGGUGAUAGGAAACCUGGUGGUGCUCAACCUGUUCCUUGCCUUGCUGCUAAGCUCUUUCAGCGCUGACAACCUCUCGGCACCAGAUGAGGAUGGAGAGAUGAACAACCUGCAGCUUGCUUUUGCUCGGAUCAACAGGGGUCUUCAGUACGUGAAACACACGACAUGGGAUUUUUGCUGCAAUGUCCUCCGGCACCCCAAGACAACGGCUGAAAAGAAGGCAAUGAUGAAGCUUGCUGCCCAGAACACAGGUGCCCUUAACAAUUGUGUGAACAGUCAUACAACAUCUGAGCUUGGCAAAGACAUGGAGAAUCACAAAGAGAACCAUGCAGAGGAUGGGAUAAAUAAAAAUGGGGAGAAACACCUAGGAAUUACAGACAAUGAUGAUUUUAUGACCAAUCCUGACCUCUCCAUUUGUGUUCCUAUUGCUGUCGGAGAGUCGGAUAUUGAGGAGGAAGAUGAGGAGCAGAGCACCUUUACCGAAAUGGAGCAGGAAAAACAGCUGCAGCUGAGGGGGCAGCGAUGCCAAAGCCCAGGCGUCCGGAGUCAGAACUCUGAGAUUUGUGAAGAGUUAAGUGAGUUGCACGUGGAUAAGCAGUUGAAGGCUGAGCCACCACCUCCAGUAGGGCAAAAAGAGCUUGAUGAAAUCAGUCUUUCUGAAGGCAGCACAGUGGAUUUGACAAAUCCUGCAGAACUGCUGGAGCAGAUCCCUGAGUUUGCUGAGGAGCUGAUGGAGCCUGAAGAUUGCUUCCCCGAAGUUUGUGUGCGAUUCUUCCCAUGCUGUUCAGUGGACAUCACAAAAUUUCCCGGCAAAAUUUGGUGGAGGCUGCGGAAAACCUGCUACAGAAUUGUCGAACACAACUGGUUUGAAACUUUCAUCAUAUUCAUGAUCCUGCUGAGCAGCGGGGCCCUGGCUUUUGAAGAUAUUUACCUUGAAGAUCGAAAAAACAUAAAAACCAUGCUGGAAUAUGCCGACAGAAUAUUCACUUACAUCUUUGUCUUGGAAAUGCUCCUGAAAUGGGUGGCUUAUGGCUUUAAGAAGUAUUUCACCAAUGCCUGGUGCUGGCUGGACUUCCUUAUUGUAGAUGUCUCUUUAAUAAGCCUCAUCGCCAGUACACUCGGAUACUCUGAGAUGGGCCCCAUUAAAUCCCUCAGGACUCUCCGAGCCCUGCGACCGUUAAGAGCGUUGUCACGAUUUGAAGGGAUGAGGGUGGUGGUCAAUGCCCUCGUGGGAGCCAUCCCUUCCAUCAUGAAUGUUCUGCUCGUCUGCCUCAUCUUCUGGCUCAUCUUUAGCAUCAUGGGAGUGAACCUCUUUGCUGGGAAAUUUGGGAAGUGCAUUAAUAAGACAGAAGGAGAUAUGCCUUUAGACUCUAAAAUUAUUAACAACAUGAGUGACUGUAUACUCUAUAACGUGUCAGGCACGUUUUACUGGACAAAAGUUAAAGUUAACUUUGAUAAUGUUGGUGCUGGGUACCUGGCUCUGCUACAAGUGGCCACAUUUAAAGGUUGGAUGGACAUUAUGUAUGCAGCAGUGGAUUCACGAGAGUGUGAGGAGCAGCCUGAAUGGGAAUGUAAUUUAUACAUGUACCUGUACUUUGUGAUUUUCAUCAUCUUUGGGUCUUUCUUCACAUUGAACCUCUUCAUUGGUGUCAUCAUUGACAAUUUUAAUCAACAAAAGAAAAAGAUAAGUGGCCAGGAUAUCUUUAUGACAGAAGAACAGAAAAAGUAUUAUAACGCAAUGAAAAAGUUGGGAUCUAAGAAACCUCAAAAGCCAAUCCCAAGGCCACUGAACAAAUACCAAGGUUUUAUUUUUGAUGUCGUCUCAAAACAAGCCUUUGAUGUCUCCAUCAUGAUCCUCAUCUGCCUUAACAUGGUUACCAUGAUGGUGGAAACGGAUGACCAAAGUCAAGAAAAAGUGAACAUCCUCCAUAAAAUCAACAUGCUUUUUGUUGCCAUCUUCACUGGGGAGUGUAUCAUCAAAAUGCUCGCUCUGCGACACUACUACUUCACCAAUGGCUGGAACAUAUUUGACUUUGUGGUCGUGAUUCUGUCUAUCGUAGGCACCGUACUUUCGGACAUCAUCCAGAAAUAUUUCUUCUCUCCCACACUCUUCAGAGUCAUUCGCUUGGCUCGGAUUGGCCGGAUCCUAAGACUCAUCCGGGGAGCCAAAGGAAUUCGAACUCUCCUGUUUGCCUUAAUGAUGUCCCUACCUGCUCUGUUCAACAUUGGCCUCUUGCUUUUUCUGGUCAUGUUCAUUUAUGCCAUUUUUGGCAUGGCUAACUUUGCCUAUGUGAAGAAGGAGCAUGGGAUUGAUGACAUGUUCAACUUCCAAACCUUUGCUAACAGCAUGCUCUGUCUCUUCCAAAUCACCACAUCAGCUGGCUGGGAUGGUCUUCUCAACCCUAUUUUAAACACUGGACCACCAUAUUGCGACCCAAACCUUCCGAAUGCAAAUGGUUCAAAGGGAGACUGUGGAAGCCCUGCUGUAGGGAUUUUAUUCUUCGUUACUUAUAUCAUUAUAUCAUUUCUCAUUGUUGUAAACAUGUAUAUAGCCAUUAUUUUAGAGAACUUCAGUGUAGCCACUGAGGAAAGUACAGAGCCUCUAAGCGAGGAUGAUUUUGAUAUGUUCUAUGAAAUCUGGGAGAAGUUUGACCCUGAAGCCACUCAGUUUAUUGAGUAUUCUGCACUUUCAGACUUUGCAGACGCGCUGUCAGAACCUUUGCGCAUAGCGAAACCAAACAAAAUCAAACUCAUAGCAAUGGACCUGCCUAUGGUCAGUGGAGAUAGGAUCCAUUGCUUGGAUAUUUUGUUUGCUUUUACAAAAAGGGUGCUAGGAGAAUCUGGAGAGAUGGAUGCCCUUAAAAUACAAAUGGAAGAAAAGUUCAUGGCGGCAAAUCCGUCUAAGAUCUCUUAUGAACCAAUUACAACAACACUCAGACGGAAACAAGAAGAGGUCUCCGCCAUUGUCAUCCAGCGGGCCUACAGGAGACAUUUGUUUCGGCGCUCCAUGAAGCAGGCAUCUUACUUGUACCGGCACAGAACUUUUGACGGCAGCAUCCUUGAGGACGAUGCACCUGAGAAGGAGGGUCUUAUUGCGUUCAUGAUGAACGAAAACUACGGCAGGCCAAUAGACAAAUCAGAAACUCUGUCCUCCACAUCUUUCCCUCCAUCCUACGACAGUGUCACCAGAGGUACGAGUGAUAAUCUCCAGCUGAAGAUGACGGACUCAAGCAAAAGCGAUGAGGCUAUAGAUUGUCUUCUCUCACCGGACAAGGAUAAAGAAUCAAUUGUUUAA